AUGGAUAAUGAAAAUAUCGAAGAUGCGAAUCUCGAAGAUAGAACAAACGUCAUAUAUGAUUCAGAAUUUCAAGUAGGUCAAAUCACUUCUACUGACCUAUAUCAUCCUGAACCAAUACAAAUACCAACUCGUGCAGGGAAGAUGCAUCAGUUGUAUCUUUUGGAAUUAAUAUCACAACAUAGGCAUAGGCAAAUUAAUAAUGACAACUUGGAAAGAGAACUUAGGCGUACUCAAUUAAUAACACAGUUACUGGAAUCUGAAAAGUGUCGAGAUGUCAUACGUAUGGGCCUUGAAGCAUUUAGUCAGUUGUGUCAGAAAUUAAGAAGAACUGGUAGAGUAAAGGAUUCAACUCGUUCUACGGUUGAAGAGCAAGUCGCUAAAUUCCUACAUAUUAUAGGGCAUAAUGUGAAAACUAGAACCAUGUCUUUCUUCUUCCAUCGGUCAGAAGAGACAAUUAGUCGUCACUUUCACAAUGUCCUUCAUGCUUUCUAUCGUGAGAGGGAGACUUCUUCAGGCAACCAUCUGGAUUGCAUUGGAGCCAUAGAUGGAACUCAUAGUCGUGUGAAGGUACCAAGGGUGGACGCCCCUCGUUUUCGCGGACGAAAAGAUCACCCAACACAAAAUGUUUUAGCAGCCUGUGGUUUUGAUAUGAAAUUCACUUAUGUGUUGUCCGGAAAAUUUUAUCUAGGCGAUGCUGGAUUCAUGCUGAAGCCUGUGAUACUUACACCAUAUAGAAGUGUUCAGUAUCACCUGAAAGAGUAUUCACUACGUGAGCCACAAAAUCCUAAAGAACUAUUCAACCACCGGCAUUCUUCAUUAAGAAAUGUCAUUGAAAGAUGUUUUGGAGUUCUAAAUAAAAGAUUCCCAAUUAUAGCUGGCGACACUGAACCAUAUUAUUCAUUUGAAACUAUGAGAAAUAUUUUUUUGGCAUGUUGUAUACUGCAUAACUUUUUUAUGGGUGUUGAUGUUGAUCAAUCUAUAAUUGAUGAGGUUGACAGAGAAUUACUACAAGAAUGCAAUAUAGAUAGAUCACAACCAAUUCAACAACGUGAUGAGGAAUAUAGGCAUGCAGCAUUAUUACGAGAUAACAUUGCGGUUAAAAUGUGGAAUGUGUAUCAAACAUUAUGA